AUGCUUUACUUGAAAUCUAUGGUCAAGAUCAUUGACAACUCAGGAGGUCUAAUGGCUGAAUGUAUCAAAGUCUUGCGUAAAUCUCCAAUGAACUACGCUUCAGUCGGUGACAAAGUGGUUGUCGUUGUUCAAAAGGCAAGACCUGUAAACUCACAAAUCACUGGUGCUUCUGCUUCAAAUAGAGUUAAAAAGGGUGACAUUGUCCAUGCCGUUGUGGUAAGAACUAAGCAAAAUGUCCAAAGACCAGAUGGAUCUGUUAUGAAAUUUGAUGACAAUGCUUGUGUCUUGUUGAAUAAAAAUGGUGAACCUUUAGGAACAAGAAUUUCAUCUGUUGUUUCAAGACAAUUAAAAGAUAAAAACUACAAUAAAAUUGUUUCAUUAGCACCAAAGGCUGUUUGA